AUGUACCUGAUACCGCACAUGGAGGCCGGCGCCAUGCCAGUCCACAGCGGCCCACGGUACAUGUUACACGCCGCAUCACGAGUCGGAUCAUCGCCGUCUGGGUGGCGGCAGCUGCGGGAAGAACUGGCCGGUAAUAGUGGCCAGCCCGCCAAAAUACAACACACACCUCUCUGCUGGCUUUGCAGGCCGAGUGCUUCCCUAGCCACUGGUCAAGUGCAGCGCUCGUCGGUCACGACUUCUCGCUAUGACGCUCCUUGCGAUAUUCGUGCUGGUCUAUCUGCCGAGUACGGGUCAGCGGCCCCGCGGGGCAAAGCAAUGCAAACACGGGCUUCAGGGCUGCCUGCCUACGCAGAAAGUCGUCGUAACCCUGUGGCGAAGUGCUAUUUUCAGCCAAAACCCUUUGCCUGCUGCCUGUUGUACGGAAUAAUACUCCCGACACAAAGAUCCUCCCUUUCCGCGGAUAUCAAACCGAGACGCCCACCGCUGUCCGGUGACGAGAAACAAGAAAACGUGCAAGCUCAGCUGCUAUUGGAGGCUGGUGGCGGCUGGGCAUAUCUGGAACGCCCCCCCUCCCCGUAG